GGCUGUAGUGAGCGUGAAAGUGUGCCUGGGGGAGUCUCCAUUGCCCCUAGCGGUAGACGGUAGUAUUGGCCUGUUUGAUUACUCCUAGUAUCGGACCCACAUCUUGAGCAGCGCAGUGCUGUCGAGCCUGGAAAGCGGUCAGGCGUAUGGACAGGCGGCCGUCGCUCCUUCAUCCUUCUCCGACCACCACCCGAACAGUGGACGGACUACACUGACGAGUCAUACCAGCGCAUACACGGGCCUGCCCCCUCUUCUGCGCUCUGGUGCCUCCACUGCAGGGCCUCGUCUCCUUCAGCUUACUAAGGGGAAAGUGGGUGUUUGCUGCUCACUGGUGUUUCGGCAGCAGCGGCGGCGGCGGCGCGAAGUGUCCUCGAUGGCUGGCUGGAAGGACGGCUCGGUGCAGGAGAAGUACCGUCUGGUCGUGGUCGGAGGCGGUGGCGUCGGGAAAUCAGCCUUGACUAUCCAGUUUAUUCAGUCAUACUUUGUCACUGACUAUGAUCCUACGAUCGAAGACUCUUACACCAAGCAGUGCGUGAUUGAUGAAAGGCCGGCCAGGCUGGACAUCCUCGACACGGCUGGACAGGAAGAGUUCGGAGCCAUGAGAGAACAAUACAUGAGGACAGGGGAGGGCUUCCUGCUCGUCUUCUCAGUCACUGACAGAGGAAGCUUUGAAGAAAUCUACAAAUUCCAAAGACAGAUUCUGCGAGUCAAAGACAGAGAUGAGUUCCCCAUGAUCCUCGUAGGCAACAAGGCAGAUCUGGAGCUGCAGAGACAAGUAACCCAGGAAGAGGGCCAGCAGCUGGCCAGACAGUUAAAAGUCACAUAUAUGGAGGCUUCAGCUAAAAUUCGUAUGAACGUAGACCAGGCUUUUCACGAGCUGGUUAGGGUAAUCAGGAAAUUCCAAGAACAAGAAUGUCCACCGUCGCCGGAGCCUACGAGAAAAGAGAAAGACAAAACCGGCUGUCAUUGUGUGAUCGUCUGAGUCUGCCUUAUCACUGUUAACUCAUGCAGCUAAUCAACCUCCCCCUGCCCCCCACUCUGCCUGACAUUACAUCCUAAGUGGAUGAGUGACCGCUGCCUUCUCCAUGUGCAUGACUUCAGACAGCCUUUUCUGGGUUAACUUGGACCAGGAACUGCUGUUUCCAGGACAUCGCUAUGGGAUAACUGACAAUGCCAAAUUUUUAACACCACUCUACCUUCAGCUGCGAUCUAAUCCACACGAGAGAGUACCAACACUAAACAUUGCCUUCUUAAAUCAGCCUGACAAAUUAAAUGUUUUGUACUCUGAAGGACUCCUCUUGCCUUGUAGUGACAUUUGUAAUUGCUACCGAGUUUGAAUGAAAUCUAUAUCCAGAAUGUUAAUGACAAUUCUUUAGUUUCCAGGGUCUGACCAGAGCAGAGAGAUUCUCUUACGAAGCUUUGUGUAUGUUGUGCCAUAUCCACCUUUACUCCCCAUGUGCUAAUCUGCUACUGUACAUAUGUGACAUUUGUUGUGGUUUUCAAAGUGUAUUUCUAAUGAUCUAUUAAAUCACCACAGUGCAGUGUGUGAGGUUGAGUUUGGUUUUACAUAUAAGAAACUGAAUAUAUAUGUAUAUAAAUGUAAUUCCUAGACAUCCUUUAAUGAUAUAUUGAGACAUAUUUCUGGCAUUCUGCAGUGGAUAACUUUCCCCUUUUUAUGCUUUCAGUUCAAUUGCCAAAUAUGGAUUGUCUGCUGUAUUAGAAUCCCCCCCCCCCCCCCCC